UUACAGAACAUUUCUUCAUUUUGAGUUGAGGUGUCUAAGAACACUGAGACUCAGCACCAUGCCCCCCAAGUGGCAGAGCAUUUUCCCAGCCCUGUACCUCUAUGGGGUCUUGAUCCUCCUGCUGUGCCCUUCAGGCCUGUGUGAGGUUUGUUGUCCAGUACCAGAGUUGAAGCAUGGCGAAAUCACUGCGCGAAGACCACCAAAAAAAGUUGUAGCCAAUAAGUGUGAAUAUUUCUAUGGAGAUUCAAUUUCCUAUUCAUGUGGUGGGAGACGCAACUCUGAAGCUUCAUGCCAAGGAGAUGGCACCUGGAGUCCUGAAACACCAACAUGUGGAGAGAGUUGCUUUUAUCCUCCUGUCAUUGACCAUGGACAUCCUAAACUAACUACACACACAUUCACACCAAAUGAGGCUAAAUAUGAAUGCUAUAGAGGAUACAUUCUGUUUGGAAAUCCCACUAUCACCUGCAGUUAUUCACGCUGGUCUGGUCCACCUCCUCAAUGCAAAGCUCUGUGUCCAACACCAAAGAUAGAACAUGGAAAUCUGCUUGUGGGUAAGAAUCAGUUCCUUGAAAGUGAAAAUGUCACCAUCCAGUGUGACUCUGGCUAUGCUGUGGUUGGUCCUAAAAACAUCAUCUGCUCAAAGGACAGAACCUGGUACCCAGAGGUGCCCAAGUGUGAGUGGGUGGUCCCUGCAGGCUGUGAGCAAGUGCUAGCAGGCAAAAAAUUCAUGCAGUGUCUGCCUAACCCAGAGGAUGUGAAGACAGCCUUGGAGUUAUAUAAACUGUCUUUGGAAAUUGAACUCCUGGAAAUGCAGAAAGACAAGGUGAAGAAAUCCAUUCUGGAGUCACCACUCUGAUUUUUCCCAGAAGAGGCAAGGAAAGGUGCUCUGCUGCCUUCCAUUCAACAUGGGUCACUUUAGUUUAGCAACUCUGCCAUUCUUUUGCAUUGAAAUUAAUACC